AUGGGUAAUGGAGGCGACCGCCUCUGUUUUAAGAAGUGUGUCUUCGCUGCUUUACCAGGAUGCCACGUGUUUACUAAGUAUCUAGGCACUGAAAAGCCGAGUGUUAUAUAUUAUAAACUCGAGGCCCGGUAUAUUGAUCUUAAUGGUGAAAACUUUAGGGAGGCCGGUGUGGUCUUGGGUAUCUUAAAGUUCCGCGUUAAGACUAGCCGUAAAUUCCGAAGCCUAUGGUGUGAUGGAAGAGCUUUUAUUAUAGAGGAUGGUGAGCCUAUUAAAAUAUAUAUUAACACCUACGUAGGUGUUAAUACGGGUUUUUUUUAUAUAAUAAAACUAAACUACUCACAACCUCGUUUUCACGAUAAGUUGGCUCGAAAAACGGACGGAAUAUCGAUCAUCGAUAUAGACUCACUAGUCGACGAUAUUCGGAUAAGAGUCGUCGAGAGAUUAAGAGGUAAUAGUAUAGAGCUACAUCAAUUAAACGAAGACGAGCUCUUGUGGAAUUUACGGUUUCCGAUCUACACGUCUCGUGAAUCAUUUGACUGCCUCAAAAAUUUCGAGGGCCCUAAAAAGCUGAUCUUGUCUUUGAUCGAGACUCGAUUAGGUCGCACACCGAUAGUUCCAUUUAACGAUUUUAUCGCAGGGAAGGGGCGCGGACUUAACGUCCUAUUAUAUGGUCCACUAGGAGUCGGGAAGACUUUAAUAGUUAAAGCUACUAUAGAACGGUUUAACUUACCUCUAUAUUUAAUCUCCGCCGGGGAACUUAAUGUCGACCAUAGAGACCUAAAUGCGCUAGAUAAGUAA